UCGCCGCCGUACCGUACGGAAACAGCCGGCAUUUUGACGUGCUAACACUCGACCAGAAGUCCGGAGCGAUACUUUGGACCAUUGCCGGCUUUCCUCCCGGUGUCAUGUCUUUCGGACUCCCGAAGCUUGCUGUGGUCGCACUCCUCACACGCAUCAUGAAUCCCAGCAAAUGGCAUGCGUUUUUUCUGUGGUUCAUCGCAACGCUCUGUCUCGUCAACUUGAUCGGAUGCGUGAUCAUUCUUUUUGCCCAAUGCCAACCUUCUCACGCGCAAUGGGACUUUUCAGUCACUGACAAGACGUGCUGGGACAAGUGGAUCCUGGUUUACUUUGCCGUCUUCUCUGGAGGUUUCUGCGCGUUUGUGGACCUCUAUUUGGCUAUAUACCUAGCUGUCGUCCUUGCGAAGCUGCAGAUGAGUGUGAGAAAAAAGGUGGCUCUGAGCAUCGCUCUUGGCAUCGGGUCAAUAUCAUCAAUCUUUGCGAUAUACAAGUGUACUCGGCUUCCAAGCCUCGCGACCCUAGACUUUUCAUAUGACACUUCGGACCUGGUGAUUUGGACCAUCGUCGAGGGUAGCACGAUGAUUAUCGCCGCAUGCAUUCCCGUCCUUCAACCUCUUGGCGAGCUCAUCUCUGGCAAGCGCAUUUUCAGUUCUGGGGGAAGCCGGUAUACAUAUGAAAACUAUGGCUCGGGCCCUAGUGAUCAAUUGCGAUCCGACAUCGAAAUGUCUCGAUUUUUGGAGGCGAAGAAGCGAGUGGUCAGGAGGCAACACGACGCUGAUGCGAUCAGCUUUGAGGAUACGGUGACGACAACGAUGGUCACAAAAGGCAGUCAAGAAAGUAUCCUGAAAGGAAACAACAUGAGCAGAAAAUUUCAAUUGUGAGAACGGAUGUAUUUAGCGUUAACGUAGAGUCGAGGAAAUUUUGACAUAAUCUCAAUUCCUCCAACUAACCGUGGCGGUUGACUUUCGACGCUAGUUCAGCUAUGCCGUCCAGCAGAAUGUAAUUAUCAUGUGUGCUUACUGGCAACAAAGACAAGAGCGUGACUCAACGAG